AUGAGUAUUGAAGUGAAAUCGGAAGGUGCAUUUAUUGCCAAAAGGCAUUUUCAAAGUCAUAAAAAUGGCGGCGGCGGCACUUACGGCGGCAAUAGAAUGAACGGAAACAGAACGAAUCCGUCAACUGUCAAUGUCAGUGAUGGCAGCAAUAAUAGUGCAUCGGCGAGAAAUAAAAUAAUUCGUUGUUACAAGUGCAAGCAGAUUGGACAUUUUAAAAAUCGAUGUCCUCACACAGAAAAAGUAAAAACGAAUGCAUUUAGUGUAUUUCUCACAAAAGGAUUUAGUCAAACCGACUGGCACUUGGAUUCCGGCGCAAGUACUCAUUUGGUUUCCAACAAGAAUUUGCUGUCAAAUAUUUGUUUUCAACCGAAGAUUAAGGAGAUUAUCGUGGCGAAUAAAACGAUAGUGCCUGUUGAAUGUUCAGGGGAUUUGGAGAUUACGACGUGUAAUGAAUGUAUUGGUGUAGCUACAUUGGAAAAUGGUGUAUACAAAUUACAUGUGAAAACUGAGGUGACAUUUGCAGAAUCAGUGAAUGUAUCAAGCUCAACAUGGCACAGGCGACUUGCACAUUUAAAUGCCACUGAUAUGCAGAAAUUGAAGAAUGGAGCAGUUGAAGAAGCACGAGAUGUUAUUACAGCCAGAGAUGUCGUGGUCAUGGAGAACACAGAUGACAGCUCCGCGACAACCAUCACUAUUGAUGAGAGCAGACCACCCAAAGAAGCAGAAGAGGAACACGACUCUGUUAGUGAGGAACAGGAUACCAGUGACAACCCGAUGGAUGAGACAUUCAUACCGAAUGAAUCUUCUAAUGACACUGAUGAUAGUUACUGUGAUACUUUAUCACCAGAUGACCUGGAUGUCCUCCCCACGCAAUGUGACACUAAUUUGCCUGAAAAACGUGUGAGACGCAAACCAGACUAUUAUAAUGUUGCAAGCAUGUGUGUGGAAAUAGCGGCAGCGCUAUCUAUGGUCAUUCCUAAGUAA